AUGUAUCUUGUAUCGUAUUGUACCUAUGAACCAAACGUAUUCUUCAUGUUGAAAAGUGGGAAAUUGGGAAUCUGGAUGGGGGCAGGCUGGCCGUGGAGGCCGUGGAGGCCAAUAGGCAGGAAUCCCUGGGCAGGGUUUCCUGGUGAGAGUCCUGGGAAUGGCUUUGGCAAGGAUUCACUGUGGGCAGGCAGUUUGGUUGGACAGGGCAUUGGUGGGCCUACUGCUCCCGAGCUAGGCUCAAUCCUGCCAUUCCUUGGAACUCCUUCUAGGGCCAAGCUAGGCUCAUUCAGACCAGUUUCCUCCCACCUGCUCUGCCCACCAACUCUCAGUCCUCUCAGUCCAACCCUGCCUACCUGCAGCACUCCUGCAAACCAACUUUUUCAAAAUACUGCUGAAGCACCAUAUACUUAA